CACAAGCAUACACCAAUUUUAUAUUACAAAGAUCUGCGAUACGUUAUCAGUUUGUCUUCCAAAUGAGGUCUGCAACUUCUGUUUAAAAUAGGUAUACACGUUUUAAUGUUAACCAUGAUAUUGUUAAUAUUUUCGAUGGUAUUUCAACCAGCUAUUUUGCAAUCGACUUUUGAAGAAUUAGCGAGGAUAGAAUCCUACCAAAGUUGCUAUACAGACAGAGACUGCAAAGAAAACAGUUUUUGUUUCGGAAACGAUGACAACAUUCCAGGAAGGUGCAAAUGCGAAGAACAUUUCAUAAUUAAUAGAAAUCGGACAUUUUACGAAUGCCUCGAAACUGUUCAAAGCGAAGGAUCCGUAUGUACUAGGAAUUUACAAUGUCAGUAUACUCUUGGCACUCUUUCAGAAUGCAUUAGCGAUAUUUGCGUGUGUCCUGAAGGUACUCAUUUAGCUCCAGACAAUAAAUGUUACAAAUCGACAAAGUUAGAGGAAAUAUGUUUGACCCAUUAUAACUGUUUAUUAUCAGACGGAACAUACGGCUUUUGUGUAGCUGGUAGGUGUGUCUGUAAUUAUGGGCAGCAUCCAUCAACGGAUAAAACACGUUGCGUUGAAUCGGUUGGCUUAGGUGAAGGCUGCAGCAACGACGAUAGUUGCUCAGUCGAUUUUGCUGUUUGUUACGGAGUUUGCAAAUGUAUAGCGGGAUUUAUAGAGUCACCUGAUAACACAGCGUGCUUAAAAGCUGCCAAUACUUUCGGAGAUAACUGUACAAAAACAGUUCAAUGUAGCGCAUACUUAGCAGAUACAUUUUGUGAUCAAGGUUCCUGUGUAUGCAGGAAUGGAUAUCAUGGUUAUGGCAAUCGAUGCUUUUUAAGUGCAAGGUUGGGUAGCACGUGUACGGAUAAAAGACAAUGUGCCAUAACACCUGAGCUAGAACGCUCUGUAGAUUGUAUUGAAGGUGUUUGUAUCUGCUCUAAAGGAUUAAGUUCCGAUAACUCAUACGGGUGCGUGUUAAUUUCAAACGGAAAUGUAAAAGAAAAGACCGUUAGACAAUUUAUAUUUAUUACAGCCAUACUUUUUAUUAUUAUUUUAAAUGAGUAGAUGUAGAUAGAUUAUUUAAAUUGUUACAUUAAGACUGAUACUAUUUUUUGAAAAUGCCUAAAUGAAGGGAUAGUCGUUCGGAAAGAUGGGGAAAAAGUUUAGGUUAGGUUGGAUAUUAUUUCCUCAACCUUUCCCUCUGCCCGCGUGACGACUCAAACUAGAUGUUACUCUGUAAUUGGACUUGUAUUUAUCAGAUAAGUGUACUCUCGUUUCAUAAUUAAAUAAAAAAUGGUAAUUGUCUAGUUUAGCAGUCACACCAAUUACGCUGAA